AUGGUCCACGGUUAUCCAUUCUCAAUCGGCUCUUCAGGUUACCCAGUUCCUCUCGGUGGUAAGGACCGACUCAUCAUCCCAGGCAAAAUUGUCAUCCAUGACUCGGCCUUCUUUAGAAUCUUUAUGGAAAUCGGCAACAGAAGUACAGCCAUCAGACUCGGUACUGGAUCUUACCCCACAGAUUCUCCAAAUAAUACUACUACUACUACAACAACAACAACAACAACAACAACAAGUACCACUUCCACGGAUCAAGAAGAUUCCUCUAAAUUGACCCACCGUAAUAUCACCUCCUCCUCAAUUGACGUGGCCGUCUUUAAUCCAAUCCCUUGGGGACCAGAAGCUAAAACCUUUCUUCGUACUCUCGUCCCAGAAGUCCCCACUGAUGACGACGUUGUUUCCCAUGUCAAUGUCAAGUAUCUUAUUGCUCCUGACUUUGAGCACCAUAUGGCUCUCAAAAGUUGGAAGGAACAAUACCCCAAUGCUCGUAUUCUAGGAGUCGAGGGGCUUGCUGAAAAGAAGAAAAAAGAUGGUGUUCCUGUGGAUUAUGUCUUUACCGCAGCUGAAGCCUCGGGCAAACUCAUUUCCGCACAACUCCUAGAAACAGAUUUUGCGCUCAAGGCAUCUCUCCCACUCCCAGAUGACCUUACCUCUGAAUUUGAUUUUGUCUACGUCCCCCAGCAUCCAAAUAAGGAGCUCAUUGCUCUCCAUAAACCUACAAAAACCCUUCUCACUGGUGACCUUCUCUUUAAUCUCCCGGCACACGCUCAAUAUGCCGCCUACCCCAACUUGAGCCCUGACUCUGGCCUUUCCUUUUUGGCCCGCUACCUAUCCAUUGAUAGUUGGUUUCUCCGUAAGUUGCUUGAAACAAUGCCUGCAUCUGCUUCAAGCUCCUUGCAAACCAUUUACGACUGGGCACCGGAAACCAUUAUUCCAGCUCACGGUGACAUUGUGGUCUCCGACUCGACUGCCCGGUUCGGUCGUCUGUUCCAAAAGUUUAUCAAGAAAUGA